GCCGAGGCACUCUUCGCGGGCCUUGGCCUGGGGGAGCCGGGCCGGAGCCACUGGGUGCAGGCCUGGCUCCGGUACGGCACCCGCGGCCUGCUCGCCCGGCUCCCGCUCUCCGAGGCAGCGCCUUCCGACGAGGACAGGCUGGCGUGGGCGGCGCGCUACCAGGAGGCCGUCAGCAGGCACCGCAGCGAGCUGGAGCAGGGCUUCGAGCUGCUCCGGGCAGACCCAGGCUCACAGGACUUGGUCAUCACCGAGGAGGCCUUCCGGAUGGUGUGCCGCGACACGUUCCGCGGGCUGCUGUCGGAGGGCAGCGGGCGCCUGCGGCGGCCCCCUGUGGAGAGCGUGCAGCUGCCCGUCGUCGAGCCCUUCUUUCUCGGAGGCCGACCUAGACGACCUUACGCUCCUGGCCAGCUGUGA